GUGGUGACGCGAGCCCCAGCGCCGCCGCCAGCGCCCGCCCUGCCCGGCGCGGCCCCGGUCCCGCCCGGUGCGGCCUUACCCGAGCGCCCAGGAGGAAAAUGGAGGCCUCGGCGGCGGCGGCGGCGAGCGAGGGGAGGCGGAGCAGGCGAGCGGCGACCUCCGGGCGGGCGGGCGGAGCGGCGCCACUUCCUCUUCCGGCGGCAGCGGCGGCAGGAUGAGGGGUGCCGCGGCGGGGCGGCCGCCGGUGCUCGUCCCGGUGCUUGUGCUGGCGCUGGGCGCCGCCGUGCGCGCCGGAACCGGAGCCGUGACCUGCGGCUCCGUGGUGAAGCUGCUCAACGUGCGGCACAACGUCCGCCUGCACUCGCAUGAUGUGCGCUACGGAUCCGGCAGCGGGCAGCAGUCGGUGACCGGGGUGUCGGCGGCGGACGAUGGGAACAGCUACUGGCGGGUGCGGGGCCGCACGGCGGGGGGCUGCGAGCGCGGCACGCCGGUGCGGUGCGGACAGACCAUCCGCCUCACGCACCUGGGCACCGGCCGCAACCUCCACAGCCACCACUUCGCCUCCCCGCUGUCCGGGAACCAGGAGGUGAGCGCGUUCGGGGAGGAUGGUGAGGGUGACUACCUGGACGACUGGACAGUGGUGUGCAGUGGGACCUACUGGUUGCGGGACAGCGAGGUGCGCUUCCAGCACACCUCCACCGACGUCUUCCUCUCGGUGACGGGGGAGCAGUACGGGCGGCCCAUCCACGGGCAGAAGGAGGUGCACGGCAUGGCCACCUCCAGCCAGAAUAACUACUGGAAGGUGAUGGAGGGCAUCUUCAUGCAGCCCAGCGAGGUCUUCAAAGCGGAGCAGUACCACACUGAGUUGUGAUGGACAGACAGACUGCCUCUGGGUGCUGCCAUGCGAUGUUUGGGACCGCUCAGACAAGGGGGUGGCCCCUGUUCUCACUGGGGUCUGAUGCAUGCCAGGACACAGGGCCCCAAUUCCAACACAAAGCAGAUCCCAGACACAAAGCAGAUCCCAGUGUCCUGAAUUCAUUGUGGAGCAGAGCCUGGUGUCCCAAAGCAGAUCCCAACAUCCUGACCUGACACAAAGCAUAGACCAAGAUCCAACAUGAAGCAGAUCCCCACAUCCUAAAUCCAGCCUAAAGCAGAUCCCGAUGACCAGAUUUGAUGCAAAGCUGAGUCCAGCAUCCAAGACUCAGCACAAAGCAGGUCCCAUGUCCCACAUACAACCCAAAGCAGAUCCAGCAUCCAGACCUGACCCAAAGCAAAGCCCAAGAUCCAACACGAAGCAGAUCCCCAUGUCCCAAAUCCAGCACAAAGCAGAUCCCAACAUCCAGACCUGACCCAAAGCCGAGCCCAGCAUCCAAGACCCAGCAGAAAGCAGGUCCGCACAUCCCAAAUCCAACACAAACCAGCUCCCUACGUCCCAAAUCCAGUACAAAGCAGUACCCAACAUCCAGACCUGACCUGAAGCAGAUCCCAGAGCAGGUUCCCAGCUCCCCAACCCCUGUAGCUCCCACCGAGAAUCCCCGAGCAACCAUUACCCGGUGCCCCAUUCUCCGCUCCCCCUUCUGUACCCCAAACCCCGAUUCCCUGCGGCCAUAAAAGACUCGAAUCCCCGCA